AUGGCGGAAUAUAUCCACUGCGUCGGGGAAAGGCUUCUGGUGGAUCCAACGACACGGCAGCUGGGGGGAAAUAACGGGACGGACGUUAUCCCGUUGAUGGUGGUCCCGCUGAUGCUCGAUCCGAUGGACUUUCGGACGAUGAUGUGCAACAUCAGUGUGCCAAUCCGGCUGUUGGUUUUGGUGCAGAACGGGCGGGAGGCGAUGCUGUCGUUGUACCUGCAGGAACUCGAGAGGGUCUAUGGGUGGUCCGGACGCCUGGUUGUGAGUCGUCACCCGGAAAACAUCGGGUACAGCGCUGCCGUGAACAUCGGGUUACGACU